AGGAAAGGGGAAAAGAACAAAUUUGAGUUGGAAGUAAAUACAUACCUUAUCGCUACAGUGCGCUGCAGCCACAUCGCCUGUGACCUCUUAAUUGGCCAUGACACAAAAAUUCGGGCAUUCAACGAUCGCAUCAAGAUGGAGACAAAUCAGGUUCUGCAAUUCCCAGCGCCGAUACAAAAGUGCCGCUGCCUCCAUCACAAAGAAUGGUUGUGCCGAUGCUGCCUCAACAUGAACACAAUAAUUAAUCAAACAAAUAAAAAGUAAAGCUAACCCAUUUGGAAUUCUACCCUUGAGACGACAAAAAUCCAGAAAUCUCGCUGGCUGAGGAAGAACUGCAUAGCACUUUCAUGGCUGAGAGCAGUAGCGCUGCCACUACAGACGUAGAUGACAGCAAAUCAUCAAUAACUCACGUAGCCCAGGACCACCUCUUCUCAAUCUUGCUCCUUCUUCCCGUAGAUUCGAUUCUUUCUUUCUCCAUGACUUGCAGAAGGUUCAGGUCUCUGUCAUGCUCUGGCACUCUCUGGGAAUCUAUCUGCCGGAGGGACUGGGGGAACGCCCCUGUUGACGCCUUAAAGUCUUCUGCAGAAGCCAACCAUCAUCGUCUUCAGCUGCCGUGGAUGAAUCUCUACCAGCAGGUCUAUCGGCUGGAUACUGUAUCUUGCUACCGAUUGCCUCACCCAGACGGCGAAAUGUUGUUUCCACGCCCUAGAGCUUCUCACUCCCUCAAUCUGGUUUCUGAUUGUCUUGUCUUGUUUGGUGGAGGCUGUGAGGGAGGACGUCAUCUUGAUGACACAUGGGUGACAUACAUUAAUAAUGAUUUUCAGAGGACAUUGAAGUGGCAGAGGAUUAGUUCAGGAAUCCCAAAUGGUCGGUUCGGGCAUACUUGUGCUGUUAUUGGUGAUUUUCUCGUCCUCUUUGGAGGGAUCAAUGACCAUGGAGUCCGUCAAAAUGAUACAUGGGUAGGGCAACUAGCACGCCAUGAUACCCUUGGUAUAACAUUGUCAUGGAGGCUUCUUGAUGUGGGUAACAUUGCACCACCUCCACGCGGGGCCCAUGCUGGAUGUUGCAUUGAUAAUAGGAGAUUGGCUAUUCAUGGAGGAAUUGGGUUAUAUGGUCUUAGAUUGGGUGACACAUGGGUUUUAGAUCUCUCCGAGAAUCUUUGUUUUGGAACAUGGCAUGAGAUUGUUGCUCAUCCAUCUCCUCCAGCUCGUUCAGGUCACACUAUGAAUUGUGUUGGGGGAACCCAAACUGUUCUGUUUGGAGGGAGGGGAUUGGGUUAUGAAGUUCUCAAUGAUAUCUGGAUCUUGAAUGAUUCGGAGGGUCAUCUGAAAUGGGUGCAAAUACAAUAUGACUUGCAGAACAUACCUGGAGGACCAUCCCUUGCUCGAGUUGGUCACUCAGCCACACUCAUCAUUGGAGGUCAACUGCUGAUUUAUGGAGGGGAAGACUCAGAUAGACAUAGGAAAGAUGACUUCUGGUUGUUGGAUGUUAGUGCAAUUCUGCCUGCUGAAACACAACAUUUUUCACGUAAGAAGGGUUGUUCGACAAAUAUGUGGAGAAGGCUAAAGACUAAGGGUUUCAAGCCUAGUUGCCGGUCAUUUCAUCAAGCUUGUGUCGAUGAGUCUGGUCGCUGUUUGUAUGUGUUUGGUGGAAUGGUGGAUGGACUACUUCAGCCUGGUGAGUCUUCUGCUCUGAGGUUUGAUGGGGAGCUAUUUCUUGUAGAGCUUAUGCUUCUAUUGUAGAGGAGGGGAAUUACAAGGCUAAGGUCAACUACUUCCCUAGGUCCUAUGUAAUUAGGUGAGUCUUGUGCAUGCUAGUUCCUCAUUUAGGUUCAUUAAUCAAGAGUCUUGUGCAUCCCAGCUCUCUCAUGUCAUGUAGGUCAUUAGCUUGUGUAUUAGUUUUUCCUUGUAGUGAGGUUUAAUCAUAUAAAUAUCUUGCGGCCCAUCCACAGUCCAUGUUGAAGCUAUCUUUCAAGCAUGGUAAUUUAAAAGGUAAAAUGAGAAGGGGGAAGUAAAUUGUUUUAACUACUAA